AUGGCCAGCACAUUUAGGGGAAACCCACACAGUGUGAAACAAUGGCAGUUGGAGGGUAUAGGACUACAAGCAGGAGAAACAGAGAUGUCAAUCAAGGAAUGUUCCAAACUGGACCAAUCUGUGAGCAAUCAGACAAGAUUUAGUGCUUGGACACCAAUGGCAAGCAAAUCUUUCAACAAGCAGCUUUUCCAUGAAAGAGUUAAUCUUAUAGGACAUUGGUUUGACCUGUGGACGGACAAACAACGCAAACAAUUCCUACAUUCUAUUCUAAUAAGAAGCAGCAAAGCGCAGCUAAAGUUUGUUCGUGGCUGGUUUACAGAGGAAGUCCCUGUUGCCAAAUUGGAUUUCACUACCGUGUUGCCCCGAUUUGUCUCUCUGUACAUUCUCUCCUUUCUCAACCCUCGAGAUCUUUGCUCUGCUGCACAAGUCAGUUGGCACUGGAAGUUCCUCUCUGAGCAGGACUGCCUUUGGAUGCCGAAAUGUAGCAAGUUUGGCUGGUUUCUGCCAUAUACCCCACCAGAGAAUGAAUAUGGAGCUUGGAAGAGGCACUACAUAACAUGCGCUUGCAGUCUAGAUUAUUUAACACCCAGGGAGGCUACAGAAACAUAUGGUACCCUCAACGAACCUAUGGAAGGGAACGAAGAACACAAGGAAAAACUCAGGGAGAAAUGGCUGCGCAAAAUGCUCCGGGAGAGGCUAGCACUUCAUAAACAAGAAUUAUUUAAAAGCAGACCUCCUUGGAUGAGCGGUGCUUGGAAGUCAGCACUCUUAAACUCUAAAUUAAAAUUAAACCAGUCUAAUAGCCUGUCUGACCAGGCUGCUCUGCAAGCUGCUCUAUGGUUGAUAAAGGAUCAAGUUGAUAUUGCAGACAAGACUCUCUCAGGUCAGCUGAUGGAUGAAAAUAACCAGUCGCUAAGUUUCAGACUCAACCAGGAGAAAAGGACAGUAGCAAAUUCAGUAAAGUCAUUUCCAAAAAGGCAGACUGUUGCUGGAUCCCAUUCUUUGCUCACCAGACAGUGCCACAGUCUGCAUCACGAAUUUGCACAAACAGGCUGCUCCAGUAAGCCUUACUUGUUGCUGAUAUCUUCUAACAUACCAGCAUACGAGGUUGUUCUAGACAGCGUUAAACCUGGUGUUAUUCCUGUUGUCUAUGACUUUUGUGGGAUGACUCCAGAAAGUCUUCUCUUCUACGUGGAGAAAGCUCUCAAAGGACUCAUGGCACAGAGCAUUGGACUAGUCACAUGUGGGGACUCCCAACAGAUACGUUUACUUGAGAAUUGCCAAAUAAAUUCUCAAAACAUUCUUAAACCUGGGAUUAGAGAAUUUUGGGAAAAACUGGGAAGUUGUGUGGAAUCAGAGAAAAAUGGUGGUCACAUAGACGUGUUUGUUCCUCUGGCAGCAUCAGAGUCUGGAAUGGAAAUCCUUGAUCGUCUUGCUCAACUCACUGGUGUAAUGUUCUGUUCUCCUACUGGGCUCAUCACAGGAUCCUAUCAGCACAUCCUCAGCGAAUGGCUGUCAGGAUCAAGAAGAAACGUGUCUCCUCCAUCUUUAUAUUUCAAUGAGGUAAAACUGCAAGGCUGGUGUAGACUUGCAAGUAUUAUGGAAGAAGCACUUCAGAUGGUCAGGAAGCAGUUGAAACUGUACAUUGGAGAGGCACAGAGGAAGGUGUCUGGAAGGAUAAUAGGGCAGUUCAUGUUUGACACUAUGACCAUGGCAAGGUUUCAAAACAAUCAAAAACUGUCUGAGGCGUUAACUGAUGGUUUGGUGGAACUCUCCAAAGGAAAAUUUGAUAAUCCAUUGGAAUUUAUGUCUGUAUUCCUUUUGAAGAGAUGUUCUAAAAAUGAAGAGUUUGGAAGUCAGGCAAGGUUGACAAAUGGAAAUGAUGAGGGUACAUUAACAUUGUUGAAGGAAGAAGAUACAAGCUCGGGCGAGACCACAUUUGACCAGGAUAGUCUCCCUCCAUGUAAAAAUGAAUUGAUGUUUCCACAUCCCACCCGACUGGAAAAUAAACUACUGGCUGAUAUAGGAGACAGACGCACGCGGUUUGCUGGGGAACUCCUCCGAAGUGAGAGGGAGUAUGUACAGAUUCUAGAGGUCAUCAGGGAUGUGUACGUUGUCCCUCUGAAAGCUGCUCUUUCUUCGAAUCGUGCUAUCCUGAGCAUCUCGAACGUUCAAAUCAUCUUUUCGGAUGUUCUCAAUAUUUUAAAAAUCAACAAACAUUUUUUGCAUGAGCUGAAUGAAAGAUUUAAUGAAUGGGGACCAGCGCAAUGUUUAGGAGAUGUUUUCAUGAAGUUUGGAUCUCAGUUGAAGUCAUACACCAAUUUUUUCAACAACUAUUCAGUCAUUCUUAAAACCAUUGAUAAGAGUAGAGAAGCAAAUCCAACAUUCCGAGCCUUCUUAAAAAGACACGACAACACUGUUCCCACUAAAAUGAUGAGUCUGCAAGAGUUGCUGCUAUUCCCUUCCAGUCGCUUUGAAGAGUAUGUAAAUCUUUUAUAUGCAUUUCGUCUUCAUACUGUCUCAGAGCAUCCAGAUCGUAAAGACCUAACUACAGCCAUAGGACAGAUGAAAAAGUACCAGGACUAUAUCGGGCAGUUGAAAACCAGUUUUGAAAAAGAAUCUGAAAUGCCAACUAUUCAGAAAUCCAUCAUGGGCUGUCCAAAUUUAGUAGAAGCCAAUAGGCAUCUUAUCCGUGUCCAGGAUGUGGCUUUGCUAAACUGCUCCAAUGAGGAUGUAAUGCCUUCCCUCAGGAUCUAUGAACAAAUCAGCGACCUCAGUUUUUUCCUCUUCAACGAUGCCCUCUUGAUAACAAGUCUUCACGUCUCCUUUGCCCCGUUUAAACGUGCCGCAAAGACAUCUUACCAGUUCAUGGCAUCCGUUUCCCUACCACAUCUCAUUGUGGAAGACAUCCCUGACACAAAAUAUGUGAAGAAUGCUUUUGUUCUGCAAGGCCCAAAGCGCCAAUGGAUCUGUUCUACAGUCAGUGAAGAGGAGAAAUUCACCUGGCUUUCUAUUUGUCAGAGUGCCAUAAGUGCCAGUAUUGAAAAGAAAUAA